AGAUAAGUUUGCGCUGUCUGUUUCGUUUAACUAGCAAGUCAUCUCUCCGAAUCAGAUUGAUACAAUUAUCACAUUUAGCAGAACUGACGUCCCUGGAAAUCCAGUGAAGAAGUUAGAAAACACUGUUGACAAUGGUCAAGGAAACCAAGUUUUACGACCUGCUGGGAGUGCAGCCCACAGCCACAGAGGCUGAACUGAAGAAAGCCUACAGAAAAAUGGCACUGAAGUAUCACCCCGAUAAAAACCCAGAUGACCCAAAUGCUGCUGAAAAGUUCAAAGACAUCGGCAGAGCAUAUGAAGCACUCGCCAACCCCGAAACUCGCAAAGUGUACGACGACCAUGGAGAGGAGGGUCUGUCCGAGGGGGGAAGGGGCAGAGGCCACGACGCAUUCGACAUCUUCGACAUGUUCUUCGGGGGUCGCGCGAGAGGACAGAGGGAGGGGCCGAAGAAAGGCAAGGAUGUAGUGCAUCAGUUAGAAGUGAGUCUGGAAGAGAUGUACAAUGGAUCAAAGCGGAAACUUGCCCUGCAGAAGAAUGUAAUUUGUGCCGACUGCGAGGGAAAAGGAUGCACGCAAGAGGGAGCUGAAAAAGACUGCGCUGCAUGUAACGGAACAGGAGUGUUCACCCAGAUUAGACAGAUGGGACCGAUGAUCCAGCAGAUGAGAAGUGCAUGUGGACAAUGCAACCAGACUGGCAAGAUCAUAGACCCCAAAUUCAAGUGUCCAACCUGCAAUGGGAAGAAGAGAGUGCGAGAGAAGAAGAUUCUGGAGAUUCACGUUGAACCAGGAUCUAGAGAUGGUCAGAAGAUGCACUUCUACGGGGAGGGAGACCAAGAGCCCAACUUAGAGGCAGGUGACGUCAUAAUUGUACUAGAUGAGAAACCUCACAAAGUGUUCAAGCGGAGACACAACGACCUCGUGAUAAACCUUGAAAUCAGCCUCACCGAAGCCCUCUGUGGCUUUAAGAGACCACUUAAGACGCUGGAUGAUCGCACUAUACUAUUAACGUCCUUCCCAGGAGACGUUAUAAAAGAUGGCGAAUACAAGUCAGUACUCAAUGAGGGAAUGCCCUGCCACCGAGACCCGACUUCAAAGGGCCGACUAAUUAUUAAGUACACUGUCAAAUUUCCACCUCAUAAUUUUGCCUCGACCGAUAGUCAGAAAGGCAUCAGAAAACUGCUUCCGAAACCCGACAAACAGAUUAUUCCCGACGGGGCUGAGCGGAAAGAGUUGAUCGAAAGCGACGGAAGUGGACUUAAAGAAGAUGAGUAUGAACAACAAGCACAUAUGGGCGGUCAAGGUGUGCAAUGUAGGCAAGCGUGAUCAAACCGACAUUUCACUCGAUCUGUUGAAAAAAAUGAGUCAGUUGUACAAUAACAAGAACAAUUUGUACAAUUAUGCUAUGACACAAUGCUGCUAUGUUAUACACCCUAAGUUCAGAGUCGCAAUUUAGAGACCUAAACAUGGUGGGCUUUUCAAGGCGAAUUAGAAAUUUCAAAGAACCCGAGGCUCAAAUCUUUUGCAAAAUAAAAGUCGGGGAUGAAAAAUUACAUGUCUUGUCCACCUUGUUAAAUAAAAAUUAAAGGGUGUUGUAUUACAAUAGUAGGUUCCUUGGUAAAGCUUAAACUCUACGGGGAUAGAAUACCAGAUCUUAAACGUCGUAGUCUAGUCUAUAUUGUUAAUACAUUGCGCAUUGGCUUUCUUAGGGCCUAUUGUUGUAAUAUAUCCCCAUAAAUUUGUUAAAGAAAGUAGGUAUCACCUGAUUAUUUGACUCGCCGAACAAAAUUGUUGGAUAGUCAAAAAUAGAUUGCGAUUUUGAGUCUAUUAAUUAUUGUCGAAUUGAGUUUUUGGAAAACUAAUUCGCGCAGUGUCUACUAAGUUUUUUUUUCGAAUCGUAGCUUUGUUUUCCGGUACACAGUUGAUAAUUAAUGAAUAAGUUGGGUAUGAAAGAUACAUUUUUAUUAAAAAUUUCGUCUCCCUAGAAACGAUCCCUAGAAAAAUUGAACUCAAAUUUCUUGAAUUAUAAAUGCAAAUCUUCGUUUAUAUACUCAAGAUCAUAAUCAAAAGCAUGAUUUUUCAAGUGCCCCACGCCAUAAAUUUUCUCACCGCGCCAAAAAAAUCAAUAUGACACGAAGCUCCUAUUUAAAAUCGAAUUUUUUUUAGACUAUGUUAAUUUUUUGUUGUUUUAUAUAUUUGAUUAUGAUCACUCCUUUUAAAUUAUCAAGGGUAUUUUGAUCGGAUAGCAGAAAAACUUAUUGGGUUUGAUGAAAAUUUGUUAGAGCCAAUGCCAAGAAAACAAUGCAACAUGCUUUUUCGCAAAAACUGAUAUCGUGAUCCUUAAGAUCUUAAUUAAAGAUGAUUAGAAAAAGAUAAUCAUAUUUCAAAUACAACUUAUAAUACGAUUCCUAGGUUGUAUUGAAGAUCACUUGUUUUUACAAACCGACAAAAGCAGUCUCAUUUUACUAGUUCAUCUUGUCAUUUGUUCAAAUUAUUCGGUGGGAAAUCAAAUCACUCCCAAUUAUGUGAAUUAAAAACGUUAAUUUA